CAAUCAGCUGUUUGUUCAAGUGUCACAUCAAAAUAUAACCUCAAAAAUACAAACAAAUCAACCGACUACGGAGUAAAUAUUGUGCUCUUUGAAAGAAAAUAUGAGUGAAUAAAGUUAAGAUUUACCAUAAAAAUAUUAGCUUUGCAUUAAAUAAAAUAAAACAAGAAGAAUGAAUUGCUUGCGAUUACUCCGACUAGCCGAACAACAAACAUUUCGCGGGCUUCAUACAACAUUGGCCAGAUAUGCCUCAAAUGCUCCAGUUCGCUACAUGGAGACCCAAAAGAUGUGGAGAGAAAGAGAUGGAAUAUCUAAACGGUGGCAGUUGAUAUACAAAGCUCCUAUGGACACUGCACUUAAAUAUGCAUCUUCUUACUUAACCGUAUCAACGGGUAUAAUUGGAGCCAGCGCUCUGUACUAUGCUGCUUUUGUAUUCGACAAAGCGGAUAUGUACAACCCAGUGGUAAUCGGAGACAAUGUAGUGAUAGCCAAUAGUCCAGUCGAGUGCUUAGUUUACCUUGGAUCCUUCAUUGCACUACAUAUUGCUAUAAAAGUAUUAUUAUCAAAGUAUGUUAUCAGAAUGUAUCAGGAUGGUGACGAAUAUUUGGCGGUUUUCAGAGGGCACUUCUUCAAUAGUAUAAAAACACACAAGUUUCACUUGAAACAUUUCAAAAAGUUAAGUCCUACAUUCAUAGUCUCCUGGGGCGAUGCUAGGUUUGAUCUUGGUAAUAAGCAUGGAAUCAUAUUAGAGAACUACUUUAAAACACCUGAACAUUUUCACUACCUGUUGAAUAAGAAGAGUUCUGAAAAAGCUGAAGAUGAUUAAUUUUUUAUUAAGAUUAUUAUAUAAUAUGUAUGUUAUUAAUUAUGUAUGUAGUUCUAAUUAAUAGCUUAUGAUGUUGCAAGCUCUUAAAUAAACGUUUUCAUGAAGCA